AUGGCGGUCAGAUUGUGGCUCUGUGUAACGAUAGUGACUCAUGUGUUGGUCCUAGCUCUAUGUAAUGAUGAACUUGAUACGACAAUUUCAACUAAUGUUGUUUCAACCGAAUCAACAUCAGCGCCAUUACUAACAAACAACAUCAUCAAAAAAGUGAAAUGUCGUAAAAUUAAAAAUUGUCCGAAGAACGAAGAGUUUUCAAUAUGUCCUCAAUCAAUUCAAAGAGCACAGUAUUGUUCAGAAAGGGGUCAGUCCUCUAGACAGCUGGCUGUUGACGAUGAGUCCUGCAAAAGAGGAUGCGUCUGCAAGAAAGGUUAUUUGAGGGCAAAUAACGGCACUUGUGUUGAUGAACAAGAAUGUCCAACCACAUGCGGGCCCAAUGAAAUACAGGACAACUGUCCAGCGAACUGCGAAUCCAACUACUGCCCAACUAGUAACAACAGUGAUAAUUCACUAUGCACCACUCCUGAUGUCUGUCCACCUCCAGUCUGCAAAUGUCGUUUCAACUACCGUCGCGCCAUCAAUGGGACCUGCAUACCCACUAGAAGUUGCCCACCUUUUGACUGUAGUUCAAAGCCAAAUGAAGAGUUUGUCAGCUGUCCACCACUAUGUCCAACUGAUGAUUGCAGUCAAGCUUCACCAACUGGCAAAUGUCCAGCACUUUUUGGGAAUAUUGGAAUAGUUUUAACAUGUAACCCUAAAUGUAGAUGCAUUAACGGAUACUGGAGACUAAAUGGAACUUGUGUGCCGUAUGGACAGUGUCCUGGAGUAUGCCCCAAAAAUGAAAGGUAUUCCGAGUGCAUACAAGGUGAAUGCCGAGCUCUGAACUGUACUCAAAUAGGUCAGUCAAUACAAUGCCCCCGAAUAAGACCCGAGUUUUGCAAGAAGGGAUGCGUUUGCGACGAAGGGUAUUUGAGAAAUAAAAAUGGUACUUGUGUUAAGGAGGAGCAAUGUGAAGCUCCAGUUUGUCCAGCCAAUGAAAUAUGGUCGACAUGUGCCCAAGCUACUUGUAGAGCAGAAAACUGUACGCAAAGGGGCAAACCUAUUGCUUGCCCAAGAGUCCGACCAGAAUUCUGCAUCAAAAAGUGUAUUUGUGAUAAUAAUUUUCUGAGAAAUGACAAAGGAGUUUGCGUACCACAAGACCAAUGUCCUCCUCCAACUUGCAGUGAAAAUGAACAAUUAGAAAAUUGCUCACAGUCCUGCACCUCAGAUAAUUGUCCAUACUCAGAAGACCAAAUGAAGAAUGAAGUUUGUUCCAAGUCAGAUACUUGCAUUCCUAGAUGUAAAUGCAAGUUCAACUACCGACGAGCUGAAAACGGAACCUGUAUUCCAACUGAAAGUUGCCCACCCUUCGACUGCAGUUCCCGUCCCAAUGAAAAAUACAACCCUUGUCCACCGUUGUGUCCAUCUGAUGAUUGUGGUCAACCCCGACUCAAGGGACGAUGCCCAUACAAAAUAGGGAUUCGUCUCAAAUGCAAUCCUAAGUGCGAGUGCUUGGAUGGAUAUGGCAGAGUCAACGGUACAUGUGUACCUUUCGAAGAAUGUCCUGACCUUUGUGCUGAAAAUGAGGAGUACUCUCCAUGCACACAAAGAACAUGUCGGCCAGAGAAUUGCUCAGAUCGGAAUUCCACUAUGGAGAACUGUUCUUCAGUGGAUGAUGAAUUGUGUGAGCGUGGCUGCGUGUGCAAAGAAAACUUUUACAGAAAUGAUGAAGGAAAUUGUGUUCCUUCUGAAGAAUGCGAAGCGCCAUCUUGUCCAACGAACGAAGAAUUCGUGCCAUGUGUUCAAGGUGUUUGCAGAGCUAUGAACUGUUGGGAGAAAGGUGAAAACGUAUCCUGCCCUGAAAUCCCUGAAGACGAAUGCGAUAGUGGCUGUGUUUGUAAAGAGAACUAUUUAAGAGCAGAAAAUGGCACUUGUGUUCCUGAGGAUACUUGUCAAGCGGUAACAUGUCCACCCAAUGAAGAAUUCUCGUCGUGUUCCCAAGCUGUUUGUAGAGCAUUUGAUUGCAAAGAAAGAGGACAACCUAUACCUUGCCCAAUGAUCCUCGAAGGUUCUUGCAUAAAGGAAUGCAUCUGUAAAUACGGUUACCUACGAGAUGAGAACGGCGAUUGUAUACCAGAAGAAACAUGUCCCCCUCCAACCUGUGUUGAGAAUGAAGUACUACAAAACUGUUCUGAAUAUUGUACGUCCGAUAACUGCCCUUACUCCGCGGAUCAGGAAGACGAAUGUUACCCAUCUUUUCCUCCAGGCUCUUGUGUGCCCGAGUGUAAAUGCAGGUUUAAUUACAGAAGAAGUGACAAUGGAACUUGUAUACCGACUAGAAGUUGUCCUCCAUUCGACUGCAGUGACAGACCCAAUGAAGAGUACCAUCCUUGUCCUCCUAUUUGUCCAUCUGACGCUUGUGGCAAACCCAGACUUACUGGUCACUGUCCAUUCAACAUAAAAAUAGUUCUAAAUUGCCAGCCAAAAUGCCAAUGUAAGGAUGGAUAUGGCAGAGUCAAUGGAACGUGCGUACCAUUUGAAGAAUGUCCUGAUCUCUGCCCUACCAAUGAGGAAUACUCUCCUUGCACACAAAGAACUUGUCGACCACAGACCUGUUCCAACCGCAACUCCACCGUUGCAAAUUGUUCUAAUUGUGAUGACACUGAAUGCCAACGAGGAUGCAUCUGCAAGGAGAACUUCUACAGAAAUGAUGAUGGAGCCUGUGUACCUUCUGAGGAAUGUGAUGAUGAUGAGGAUAAUAAUGAUUCUUCACUCUGUACCGGCCCAAACGAACACUACACGAAGGAAUUUCAAAGUUGUCCACCUAACAUCUGCAAAUCACUUGUGGCCAAGUACAAAUGUAAUUCCACGGAGCCAGCAAAACUAGGAUGCCUUUGUGACUCCGGUUAUUUUAGACUAAACUUAACAUCACCCUGUAUACCAAAAUGUGAGUGCCCAGAAAUGGCUAACUCACCGGAUUGCCUUAAAUAAUUUUAUGCUGACUUC